GACUUAGCGACCAUGUCUGGGAGAGGCAAGGGUGGGAAAGGCUUAGGCAAGGGCGGCGCUAAGCGCCACCGUAAAGUGCUGAGGGACAACAUCCAGGGGAUCACCAAGCCCGCGAUCCGGCGCCUCGCUCGGCGUGGAGGAGUCAAGCGCAUCUCGGGCCUCAUUUACGAGGAGACCCGCGGUGUGUUGAAGGUGUUCUUGGAGAAUGUGAUCCGAGACGCCGUCACCUACACGGAGCACGCUAAGCGCAAGACGGUCACCGCCAUGGACGUGGUGUACGCCCUCAAGCGACAGGGCCGCACCCUGUACGGCUUCGGAGGCUAGGCUGCCGGUGCAGGCUUACCGAGUGGCAAUCCCAAAGGCCCUUUUUAGGGCCAACCACAUAGUUCUCGGAGGAGCUGGGCAUUUGCCUGAUAUGUAUAGGCGGUGUUGCACUUCAGCGUUGUUUG